AUGUUGGUAAGUUCUUGCACUUAUCGAGCAAGUCUGCGAGGUGUAAUUGGGCUUCAAUCAAACAAACGGUCAUUUUCUAUGUUUCAAGGUGUGUCCGAUGCCUUGGUCACAAUUCACACCGCAUCUGGACUGCCGUGGGUAGUACUCAUACCAUUGGGAACCAUUGCAUUGAGGACAGUUACUACUUUGCCCUUGAGCAUAUGGCAAAGGAAGAGGAUAGUGAAACAGCAGGAAUUGAGGAAGCUAGUGCAGGCGAUCCCACCAGUGACCAAAUUACGACUGGCCGCUACCACGGCUUCAAAGAUUGAAACAGGUCCAAUUACCAGCUCAGGAAGUGCCAUUAGUGAAACACCGACUACAGAGCCAUCAGGGAAGAAUCGAACUCUUACGCCUGAACAAAUUACACUUCUGGCCGUAAAGGAAACAAGAAAGAGACAAAAGAGACUGUUCAGCAAGUACAAUGUACAAAUGUGGAAAAACAUAGUUCUGCCCUUAGUUCAAGUGCCACUAUGGGUAACAUUGUCCAUGGGUAUAAGAACACUUACCGAGAAGAAAUUAUUAGAGACGAAUUAUUACAAUAUUUUGAGCACGUAUAUUCCUCCAAAUUUGGAUCUCAGCCUUCCCCUCGACUCCCUUCCAAUGCUGCUGCCAAUGAUCCUAGGUUCAUUUGCCCUUACCAAUGUUGAGUACAACGGGAAGAUGCUAACGAGCACGAAGGCAUCAGAUGCAGGAAUUAAAGUCGCUACAGAUGAGUUUUCAAAGAUCUCACAAAGUAUGACGAGUAUCUUGAACAUUUCGAGGUUCAGUUGUAUAUUCAUGAUGGGGAUCUCAUCCCAAGCACCAUUAUUACUCUCUUUAUACUGGAUAAGCUCACAGGCUUAUUCAUUCAUCCAAAACUUGGUUCUAAACUGGCUAUGGCCAUACGAGAGGUGA